AAUGAGAAUUCACAUUUUGUAUUGAGCGAACAAUUAUAUAAGGAAUGAAAAGUUAGACGUAAUUUUAAAAGUUUAAUGAUAUAUUGUAAUGGCCACUGCCCUAAAAGCUGCAAAGGAAUACUUGAUUUGUCCAUUAUGUAAAAACAAUUUUGAAGAUCCUAAGACGUUGGUAUGCUUGCAUUCUUUUUGUAAGCAGUGUAUUAGUAACCACAUCGUCGAGAUCAACAAAACCGAAAGCAAACCAAGAGGAUUUGAAUGUCCAACAUGUCGAAAACAGACGAGUCUGUCUGAAUUUGUUGGACAAAGACCAGAAGACUGGUCUUCUAUGCUUCCAACGAACGACGCGUUAUCAAACAUACUGGCCGCUUUAAAUGAAGUCGAGAAUACGUCUCCAUCACAAUGUCCAAAGCAUUUUGACAAGGAAGUAGAAUUUUUCUGUGAGGAUCACGAAGUAUUUGCUUGCUCAAUUUGCUCUAAUCAGUCGCAUAAGUCUUGCAGAAAGGUCCAUUCGAUUGCUGACGCUGUAAGAAAAAGGCGAGAAAAUGUUUCCGUUUUGACGAAUGACUUAUCAACUCAGAUAUAUGAAACUGAGAAAAUUUUAAACAACCGUCAAGAUCAGGUUGAAUUAAUCGAAAGUAAGGAAGACGAAAUCAAACAAGAAAUUGUCGAAAUGAAGAAAAUGGUAAACGAUUUCUUUUCUCAAAUGGAAACAAAAGUUCUCGAUGUAAUUGCAGAGGUUAAGCAUAAAGAGUUAGGAGGUAUACAACUUGAAAUCAAUAUUUGCCAUCAGAUCAUACAGAAAGCGAGGAACGCCAUUACAGAAAUGAGUAAGACAGAAGAGAAAAAUCCACUUCGGUUUGUAGAAAAAUACAACGACCAUAUCAAAUCGUAUGAUGAAAGGCAAGAGAACCUCGAACAUUUAUUGCAAAACUUGACAGACUUAAAAAUUAAAUAUUUGGCCAACAGAGAAAUUGAGAAAGCAUUUAACGAUGCUGACAGUAUUGGGUCAUUGUCUGUUGAAAGGGUUAGAGGUAAACUUGCCAAACCUUUACCAAAGGGAACAGUACAAGAUAAUAAACUGGCAAUAAAACUAGAUGACAUCAAGGAAAGCAAAGAACUCUCAGAAACCUGUGCAGUAUCAACUUCACGAUCACAAUCUAUUCAACCAGGAAUUGAAGUCGCUCGUGUUUCUCCGAUGAAAACUGCUUCCGUCGCUUCCGUCGGGACACAUGCAAAUGCGGAUUCUGAUGAAGAGGAACCAGUUCCAAAAUUACGAUUAGGAGAGCCAAAAGUUAAAGACCAGGAGACUAUCACCAAUCGGGAACGCGACACCAUGGUAACAGCUCGUUUCCUUCGGGAUUUUAACGUUGCAAUUGAUAAAGAAUACGAAUGUACCAUAGAGGGCGCAGCUAUCCUUACUUCCGGUCAUAUUGUCUUAACAGACUCAUCAAAUAAAUGCUUGAAACUAUUUGAUGAAAAGUAUAACUUCCUAGCCAUAACAAAAUUUUCAGUUUCUCCCGGCGAUUUGGCCGUUAUAUCGGAAAAAGAAGUUGUCGUUUGUCUUCCCGAAAUGUCACGUGUAAAACACGAGCGUAUCAAUAUAAAAGGUAAAAAAAUCACAGCCGGUGAGGUUUUAACUCUGAAUGAACGAUGCUUUUCAAUAUCGUUCAACAACAGAAAAAUGGCUUGCUGUUCGACCUCAAAUGUGUACAUUUUUCAGCGGCAGGGUAGUUCAUGGGUUCGUGAUGCAUCAAUAAAUGUAAACGUUACCAAUUUAAAAUUUGUUGCUUUAGAUAGCGCCGCAGAACGCGUCGUGGUAUCACGUGAUGGUUAUCCAAAUCGUUCUAUCAUUUGCAUGAACAUUACAGGUCUAAAGCUAUGGACAUUUACGCAUGAGGAAAUAAGAUUACCACGUGGUAUUGCUUUCUGUGGAAAUAAAAUUCUCGUUGCUGUCUUCGAUCAUAAAACCAUCAUCCAACUGAACGGUAAAGACGGGAGGUAUGAUGGUGUGGUAGUACAGGAUAGUUGCCUCCAGUGGCCAUGUAAAUUGUGUCUAAGUCCGAAAGGGGACAAAAUGUUGCUUACCCAAACCCAUCACAAGAUGGUGGUCAAGGACAAAAAUAAAGUACUGGUAUUCCGUCUUUCAAAAAGUAUAGUAGCAGAAAGAGACUCACCAAAAUAAGACGUAAUGAACUUCUUUUAUGAGUUUUUUUUUCCUUUUCACCUUUUGAGGUACGUUUCCAUACCAGAAGAAUGUUUAAACUAUAUAAUGUAGAUACAAUGGAUAAGUGUUGGUUCGUUAAAAAGAUACCACUGAGCCCGAACUGACGUUACGGCGAUGAUUUAAAUAAACACAAUUGAAAUUAGACAACUAUAAUAUAUUUUAUUAACAAGCGUGUUUGAAAAUGUAUAAACAUAUUAAUAAAUAGAAACAUUUA